GGGGCGGGGCGGCGGCUGCGGCAGCGGUUGCGGUCUGCUGCUGUAUGUGCUCCAGCUGCUCUCGAAGUGAGAUGUUCUCUUCCGCCAGAGCCGCUAUCUCAUCCGCUGAUAAUCCUGUCGGCUGCGCCAUGUUCGAGUCCCGGCUCCGCAGUAGAGGCGAUCUCGGUGUCCGUCUUGUAUUAACACACGCACACGGUACACAGAGCACACCUCUCGUAAGCGCGGUCAGCGCGAGACUAGCCGGUCGCCGAGGGCCAGCCGGGGCCGGGGUACUGCGAGGUUGCCCGAAGGUCACGCUCGCUGAUUGGUCGGCGAGAUAGAGGUGCAAACCCCCACACCCAGCUGAGUCUCAGGGCACGGUGAAACAGCUAGUAUUAGCGCUACAUGGCUCUGCUGAAGUGAUAGUUUUUGGUGGCGACGGCGACUCCCCCGUUGUUACCCGUGGCCGUAGCCACUGCCGACGGGAGCGGAGCGUAGCCACUACACGGCUGGGCGAGUAUCCCGAGUAGCAUGACCAGGCUAUUUGGCGUGCUGGGUCGUAGACAGGUGUCUGAGAGUUGGAGGACCUCGUAGUCUUUCCUCACUGCUGAUUUCGUCGGUCAGUUCGAGCUGCUUCAGAUAAUGUGUGUGUUGCACUGAUAAGCAAACCGGGUCCCUCCUUAUGGCAGUUGAGGCACUUGGGGUUAAUAGAUGGGCCAUCAUGCGCACAGUUCGUUCAGGCACACGCCACACAGUGUCAACAUUUCACGAUGGUCCUCUAAAAAACACGUUUUACUCGAAGACACUCUACUCAUGCCUUAUCAUUAGGUACAACCUGGAUCACUUCAAAAAUUGACUUGCUGAGCCUGGUCCUAGGCACGCACAUUGCACUUGUAGUUCUGUCGUGUGGUUUACUGCCUGUUUCAGGAACCUACUGAGCCUGCAUCUCACCAGUCACCGUGGGAAGUCGUAUACCGGAGCGCCUUUUCGCCCUCGAUCGAGCCAUGAUGAGGCAGAUUAAGGCGGUGCUGAUAGAUCUCAGCGGCACACUGCAUAUCGACAACACCAAGAUCCCGGGCGCCGUCGAGGCUCUCGAAAAGCUGCGCACGUGCGGCGUGCCGCUGCGGUUCGUCACCAACACCACCAAGGAGUCGCUGUCGGUGCUGCACGGUCUGCUAACGGCGCUCGGCUUCCGUCUGGAGCGCCGGGAGGUGUUCAGCUCGCUGGCGGCCGCCCGCCGGCUGGUGGAGCGACGCCAGCUGCGACCGCUGCUGCUGCUCCAGCCCGAGGCACUGGAGGACUUUGACGGUGUGAACACGGAGAAGCCGGACUCGGUGCUGGUCGGCCUGGCACCGGAUAAAUUCAACUACGAAACGCUUACCGAGGCAUUCCGACUGGUGCUGGACGGCGCAGCGCUGAUUGCCGUCCACAAGGCCCGCUACUACCGCCGCCCGGACGGUCUGGCGCUCGGGCCCGGACCGUUCGUGGCCGCCCUGGAGUACGCCACCGGACGCCGCGCCGAGGCCGUCGGCAAACCGGAGCGCGAGUUCUUCCACUCGGCGCUGGCCGAGCUCGGCUGUCGGCCGGAGGAGGCCGUCAUGAUUGGAGAUGACGUGCAGCAGGACGUUGGCGGCGCGCAGGAGGCCGGUCUGGCCGGACUCCUGGUCCGCACCGGGAAGUACCGGCCGGGAGACGAGGCCACCAUUUCUCCUCCGCCGUGGCACGUGGCCGACGCCUUCCCGGAGGCAGUGGAGCACGUGCUGCGGCAGUUGGAGCUGCAGCGGAGUGGGUCCGCGGAACAGGCGGCCGGAGAGCCGGUGCCGACCAGUGAGGGGUAGAGGCGGAGAGGGACGUGUAGUGGAUUUGUUGGUGUGUGGUGAAGGGAGGAUAUUACCACUGCGGCCUGUGGUUAACGAUAUCAGGUUUGUAUUAUGCUGGUAAUGUGGGAUAAAUGAUGGCGGUGAUAUGGAUCGUGUUAUUGAUGUAAGGGGUAUUCAUUUACAGCAAAACCUCCACUGUCGCGACAAGGCUGGUGGCCUCAAAAUAAUGUUGGGUGGCUCCUUCUCUCGCGACAGGGUUAUCGUUAGCAAUUCGCAGCUUUUGACGAAUACUUGCUGCUACUGCUAUGUGCUGUUUGCCGAUUUGUUAGAAAAUCAGGACGCUAAUGAAAUUCUUUUUUGUCAUUGGUCGGGACGGAUGCUAUCGCGACUGCAUGGAUCUGGAGUUUCGCCGUAUAUCGUCUCAUUGUUCGCAUAUCUCAUUAUUUUGUGAACAAUAUUGAAUUGUUGUGAAAGAGGCCGAAACGAAACCUGUCGCGAACCGACUGGUUUCUCUUGUUACACUCUAAUAAUUUCGGAAUGCAGUUGUAAGGAUUGCAAUUCAGUUAUCCACCACGCUUUGUUAGACUGUAUCCGGCAUGGCAACGCUUUGCCCUGAUGUGCGCAAUACAGAUGCAAAGGAUGCAA